UACAAGCAAAACGGCUAAAGACCGAAAGAGAUGAGAAGGUGCGCAUCCUUUUUGAUUCUGCUCUGCAAAAGGUCGAUGGGAUAGUCGAAAAAUAUAAGCAAGAUGUGGACUACCAACUAAAUUUGAUUCGAGCAGGAGCUGAUGGGCAGCUGCUUCAGAUGAAAUUUUCGGAUUUUAUGUAUCUGAAGGAAAAACAUCCCAGCAACUAAUAGCGCAACUAAUCAACCGGCGAAAUCUUGGAUGACUGGAUUCAAAAAUGUACCAACUUAAAUUAUGGUUUAAAAGUUAUAUUAUUAUUCCGUUAUAUACUGUUAUUUAAAUAUUUAUGAUUUACUUAAAAUAUAUCAUCACAUUAUUAAAGAUCCAGGUGACUUUGUAUAUUUGAAUCAGUAGUUGACAGACUAACGAAUAUAUAGUACGAAUCUAUAGAAAAAUGCCUCGCACCAAGAUAUCAGCACGUCGUCAGGAGCAGCGCCAGAAGGCUGAACGUGAAGAGAAGGUGCGCCUGGCCCAAAUUAGGAUGGAUUCCGCUCUGGAGCAGAUCGAUGAGUUGGCCAAGCGCUACAAGCAAGAGGUGGACAACCAAAUUAAGCUGAUACGUGGUAGGACUGACAAUCAGCUGCUCCAGAUGAAAUGGUCAGAUUUCGCGGGUUUGAAGAUUAAGACCUUUGCUGAGCAUCAGUGGGCAGUUCCCAAGCCACCCACAACUCGUAGCCUAUCCAUCUGUCGCGCUCGUACCCGGACUCCACAGAAUUCGCAGUUGUCGCGAUUCCAGACGCAGUCGGCUGACAGGGCACUUAGAGGCGAUACCAUGAGCUUUGUGCGAUGGCCCAGGGCCGGGGAGCAGGUCCUCUCGAAGGCCGGAAGUCCCCUGGCCGUCCAGACGCAGCCGGAUCGCUGUGCCGACGUGCACAUUCCGACCAGAAAUGGCGUGAUCACCGUCAAACCGCACAAAAUUAACUCCGUGAAGCGGGAAGUACUAAUGCAGCUGGAUGAAAACACCCUCAACCAGGUGAAGACGCUGAACGCCAAUCUCGGACUGAUCGUGGAUAUGGCCACAAAGAUGGCUAAACUAAAACCCUAAACACUUCCCAUAGAAACAUCAUGAA